UCUUGACCUUAAAUUCCUUCCAAGAGCUUCUGGGUAUCUAUCAAUUGUAUGAAAAAUCAGCCAAUAUUCCUGUUUUAAAAAUGUACAGAUACGUAGAAGCUAUAAAGUGCGACUUUUAGCCCGGGCGAAGAUGUGUAUAUGGCCCACACCAGUUUGGUUCCGCUAUGUUACGGAUUACUAUUGUUGUGUUUUAGAAUUCCCCUGCAGGCUUGAUCUUAUCCAAAGUCAGCCUAAAAUGAUAAUGUUCCGGCCUCUAUUGAAAGCCAGAAAUAACGCGAGAAUGUUUUUUCACUUUACCGGGCUAAAUGUUUUCAGUAAGUGGACUGAGUAGUUGUUAUCAAUCUUACGUUGACGUAAUGAUUGACUGGAUCCUGUUAUUGUCACGUUUGAUUGGCUUACAUCCAAUUGAUGACAAACCGGUAGUCCGACUACAGUUUUGCUUCUGUGCCAAAAGGUUAUAAAUCCGCAAUCUUUACUUCACCACUCAUUCCUGUCUCGCACUUCUUCCCUGCCACCUUCAGAGCCGAGCCUUGAUUCCGUGAGAUCAUACUAAGCAUGAAGACGUUUGCAAGUGUUUGUGUCAUUCUGUGCUUGGUUCCAGCUUUCUAUGCAGCUCCAAAGCUAACCUGUAUACGAUCUCUAAAGUGCACGGUUGCGCAUCAGGGAUGUUACGUGGUUGAUGGGCUCUGUCGCUGCGAUCAGGCACUGUGUUGCAACAAUCCCUUCAAUUACUCAACACUGGAAAGCUGGUUGGCGGAUAACGCGCUUCAGUUAGAGGAUCCAUGUAAAGAUGAUCCAUGUAAGAACAAUGGUUAUUGUGUUCAACUGAUGGGUCAGUAUUCCUACCGCUGUGAUUGUUAUGGUACAGGAUACUUUGGACCUCACUGCCAUAAAAAAUGCCCAAAAGAUGCAAGAAAGGAAAUAUACAGUUUAAAAGGAAAAACAGAAGAGCACGCUCGUAAUAGGAAGCGUUAUCUGAUGGCGUGCCUUUAAAUUAUGUAUUCUAAUGACAGAAUAACCAUGGCUGAUAGAUUAAUGAAAAUUGACAUUUUGUUAAUAGAUGCCAAUACGGAUAGUCAACGCCAUGUAUAAGAAAAAAAUAACAACCUAGUUAUAAACUGGAUCCAUCUUUGGUCAUUUAGUUACCCACGAGUCACCCAUGCUAUGCCAUGUGCAGAUUUGACGAUGGUAAUGCAUUAAUCGUAGCACAUUAGGAAAGUAAAUUUCUCUAUUACGUGGCUAAUAGUUUACGGUGGACUUUUUAUAUAUACAUUAGAUAACGAUCCUGUUGUAAUCAGAUCAAACUUGAGUCGAAAAAAAUAUGGAAGAGAAGUUUGAUUUUGAAAAACUAAAGACUCAGUAGAGCAAUAGAAUAGUGCAGUAAAGUUGAACAUUGUUUGUUCUGAAAAUAAUGGCAAACUAAUGAAUUUCUUGCAACGUAAAACCAGAUGAAACCUUAACAGGCCAGAGAAAGUUACCUUAUUUAGCAAACAUGAGUGGGCAUUAGGGAAGAUAAUUAAACCUGUUGUCCUUCACAAAAGUUCCGUACCUUUUCAAACUGGCAAUAAAAGUUGCAAGUAGCUA